CUGAGUGAAUGGGUCGGUACCGGCUGGGGGGAACACUAUGGGCAGCUGAGUGAAUGGGUCGGUACCGGCUGGGGGGAACACUAUGGGCAGCUGAGUGAAUGGGUCGGUACCGGCUGGGGGAGUGAAUGAUCAAUAAGGGACCAAUGACUGACAGGGGAGGGAUCCUUGGGCUUCUCCCCGCCCCCCCUAAUGUCUGCCCGUAGUACAGCCAAUCAGACGCAAGCGCUCCACAUUGGCCCCGCCCAUCAGGCGUCACGCUAGGUGCGUCAGCGUGGGGAAUUGGCGGGCAGAGGAGUUUGCCAGCCGUAAGAUGGCGGCGCCCUUGAAGCUGUUUGGGGGCCGGGCAGUCAGUGUCUCUGCCCUCAGACGCCGCGGUCUCUGCUCUUCCUCUGCCCCAAACUCGGCCGCCAUUCGCCGCGCCUUCCUCCGCUAUUUCCAGGAGAAACAUGGGCACCGGCACGUCCCGUCCUCCUCGGUGCGGCCCCGGGGGGAUCCCAGCCUGCUCUUCGUCAAUGCCGGGAUGAACCAGUUCAAGCCAAUGUUCCUGGGCACAGUGGACCCCCGCAGCGACAUGGCCCAGUACCGCAGGGUGGCCAACAGCCAGAAGUGUGUGCGCGCGGGGGGGAAGCACAACGACCUGGAGGACGUGGGCCGAGACGUUUACCAUCACACCUUCUUCGAGAUGCUCGGGAACUGGUCCUUCGGGGAUUACUUUAAGGAAGAAGCUUGUUCCAUGGCCUGGGAGCUCCUGACUCGGGGUUACGGGAUUCCCGCACAUCGACUCUACGUCACGUAUUUUGGGGGAGACCCCGCACUGGGUUUGAGCCCAGACCGAGAGACCCAGGAGAUCUGGUUGAGUUUGGGCGUCCCCCCAGCUCGUAUCCUGCCAUUCGGCCUGAGAGAGAACUUCUGGGAGAUGGGGGAGACCGGCCCCUGUGGCCCCUGCACCGAGAUUCACUAUGACCACCUGGGAGGGCGGGACGCAGCCUCAUUGGUCAACCGGGACUGCCCCGAUGUGGUCGAAAUCUGGAACUUGGUAUUCAUGCAGUAUAACAGGGAGACAGACGGGAGUCUGAGGCUCCUCCCCCAGCGGCACGUGGACACGGGAAUGGGACUGGAGCGCCUCGUUAGCGUCCUGCAGGGGAAACGCUCCAACUACGACACCGACCUGUUCUCUCCCAUCCUGGAGGCCAUUAUGAAGGGGUCUGGGGCCCCCCGAUACCGGGGGCUGCUGGGAAAGGAAGACGCGGGACACACGGAUAUGGCGUAUCGCGUCGUGGCCGAUCACAUCCGGACCCUGUGUGUGUGCAUUGCCGAUGGCGUGUACCCGGGCAUGUCUGGCACAGAACUCGUGUUGCGCCGGAUCCUGCGCAGAGCGGUUCGGUUCUCCUCGGAGAUUCUGCGGGCCCCUCCCCACUUCCUCUCCUCGCUGGUGCCCUCGGUGGUUGAUGUUCUGGGGGAGGCGUUCCCGGAGCUGGAGCGAGAGAAAUCCCAGAUAAUGAACAUCCUUAAUGAGAAUGAAGAGGCAUUUCUGGCCUCCCUCCAGCGGGGGCGCCGCAUCAUAGAGCGAACGCUUCAGCAAGAGGAGGAGCCUCAGACCUUCCCAGUGGGCGUGGCUUGGUCUCUGCACAGGAAUCUGGGCUUUCCCCUCGAUCUCAUUGGGCUUAUGCUGGAGGAGAGAGGGAUCUCAUUGGAUAAGGCUGCACUGGACCAUUUGGCGGCAGAAGAAGCCGAGAGGAAGAUGAAGAACCAGCAGGCGGAUGAAGCACAAACAGGGCUGGAGCUUGAUGUUCAUUCCCUGGCAGAGCUGCAGCGUCGGGGGGUCCCCUGCACCAACGACUCCCCCAAAUACGACUACACUCUGGGGGCUGAUGGGAAAUACGUGUUUGGGCCCUGUAGGGCCACAGUCCUCACGUUGUACAAGGACCACUCUCUGCAUUGUGAGAUUGCCGCGGGUCAGCGCUGCGGGGUCGUACUGGACCGGACCUGUUUCUAUGCGGAGCAGGGGGGGCAGAGCUGUGACCAGGGGUACUUUGUGCGGGAGGAGCAGCAGGAGGCGCUGUUCCCAGUGGAGUCGGUACAAGUGGCCGGGGGGUAUGUGAUCCACGAGGUGACGACGGCGGAGGUUCUGCGCGUGGGGGACCGGGUCGCCCUGUACCUGGAUGAGGCGCACCGGCUGGCCUGCAUGCAGAAACACAGCGCCACCCACUUGUUAAACUUCGCUCUGCGCCGAGUCCUUGGGGAGAAUACGGAGCAACGCGGGUCCCACGUAACGGCGGAGCGGCUGCGCUUUGAUGCCAGCGUCACCGCCCCGGUGCGCAUGGAGCAGCUGCAGGAAGUGGAGCAGACGCUGCAGGAUGUGAUCUCACAGGAUGGGGAGAUACACACGGCCCUUGUCCCUCUCGCUGAGGCCAAAUGUGUCCGGGGGCUCAGGACGGUGGAUGAGCCGUACCCCAACCCUGUGCGCGUGGUGUCCGUGGCCCUCCCCAUACAGGAGGCGAUGAGGCCGGGCUCUCAGGCUGCGCUACAGACCUCGGUGGAGCUUUGCUGCGGAACGCACCUGCUUACCACUGGGGCCAUUCAGGAUGUGGUGAUUGUCAGCGAGCGGCCACUGGCCAAGGGCAUCACUCGGCUCAUUGCCGUCACCGGGGAGGAAGCCAAACAGGCGCGGGAGGCGGGGCAAGAGCUGGCGGGGGCCGUAGAGUCCGUUACUGAGCGCAUGAAGCCCAAACCUCUGUCUCUCAAUGAAGGUUUCCGUCUCUCCAAGGAGGUGGGAAUCCUCACAGAUAGUGUGGACAGCGCCACCAUGCCCCAGUGGCAGAGGAAGGAAUUGCAGGCCAGGCUGAAGGCGCUUCAGAGAGCCGCUAACACCAACAUCCGCAAACUGGAGCUUCAGCAGGCUGCAGUGAGGGCCCAGGGGCUCCUGAAGAAGCACUCUCAGUGCUCUCUCAUUAUAGAGGAGGUCUCGGCGGAGUCUCUAUCAAUGCUGGUGAAGGUGGUGAACCAGGUGAGCGAUGGGGCCCCAGGGGCGGCCGUCAUGCUUCUCAGCAAACAGGAUUCUGGGAAAGUUUUCUGUGCCUGCCAAGUACCAAAGGGAUCCGGGUCAGAACUCUCUGCAGCUGAAUGGGCCACUGCUGUAUGUUCUGCAAUGGGAGGUAACGCAGGGGGCUCGGACGUUGUGGCCAAGGGUACCGGGACCACUGAUAGUCUGGAGAGAGUUCUACAAACUGCCCAGAACUUUGCCCAGAAAAUGAGCCGCUGAGGCCGCUGGGGAGGCUGUGAGGAUUUGCCAAACGAUCGGAGAGAUGGCGCUCCUCGUGGGCGGGGCCUAACCUGAGUGACACUGCUGCCUGAGCUACUGGCCUAUGCCUGACAGACUUCCUGUUUCCCAUGAUGCUCAGGCCAGGAACUACUCACAAUGCUGCAGGUCACCCAACAGCAGACUGAUCAGCACUAUCCUGGCACAGACCCCAAGAGCUGACGCUUCUUUUACUGAGAAACUGGUGCAGGAAAGUACCCAGGAAAGGGGGCGGGAAGGCUGUGCCCGGGAUUGUACCCGUGUGGGGGGGGGGGGGAAGGAAGGAAGGAAAGGGGGGGGCG